AUCCCAACGUUGCUGUUCUUCUUUCAAUGUUUGAUGAGGAAAUUACCUGCUGCAAGCAAAUAUUUGACAAUCAGAUAGAAAAAUUAAGGAAUGGAGGCAAUGCACUUCAUAAAAACAUGCCAAUGACUGCAGGCAAUUUAAAAUGGUCUCAGGAGUUGCGAGAGAGGCUGCUGAAGCACAGAACACAUUUUAGGCACAUCAAUCAUCUAAUUCCACAGACAGAGGAAACCAAUUUUGUCUUCCAAAAAUGUGAGAAAAUGUUGGCAUUAUUGGAUAAACAUGACAAGGAAAUUUAUACCUUGUGGGUGCAAGAUCUAAACCUCCUUUGCGAAUCACAUCUCAGUCAACCAAUCCUCAGAAGUGACAACAAUGGAUUAUUUGAAGUUAACUUUAAUGAAAAGCUCUCUGCUGUCCUCCGAGAAGUGAAAUACCUUGAGGUUUUAAGACAUCCUGGUAUACCUGAGGUUGCUGUGCAAUUGUAUUCCAAGAGAGAAACUCUUUACAAGUAUCUUGGGAAUUUAAACACGAUUACCAGACAGUAUAACCAGCUAAGGAGGACAAUUCUGCCUGAGGAAGCAGAACUCCUAGCAUACGAAACUGGGAGAAUUGACCUACAGUUAAAGCCUGCUUUUGAUGCACUGACCUGGCAGAAUGAAAAUCUGUGGUUUUUUAUUGAGCAGACCAGAGAGCUUGUUCAAAAUGUAGGCAGCAGACUCCAGAAAGCCAAGGAUAAUGUGGAAUUGAUCCAGAUACUUCUGCACAGACUGAGUGAAACGUCUUUUCUUGCACGAAAAACUGGUCCCAGCCCUUCGAUGCUGUGUCUUGAUUACAAUGAAAGAAUGUGCCAGCACUAUGAGAUUGUUCAAGAGACAGGGAGAAGGAUCCAUCAGCUAGUUCAGGACAAUCAAGAUCUUCUUCAGGCAGAUUCUCUUUCUGAUGAAUGGAGAGCCUACACCGAAUAUAUUGAUCACAUGGUUUCAGAUGGGCUAUUCAAGGCUAUCAAGUGUUCCCUCCAGUAUAUGAUGGAAAACACAGAGAUGACAUCAAAAUCCACUGCCUUAUUUGAAAUUCAGCUCCUUCUUAAUGGCAAAGAAAUGACUUUUACACCUUCUUUGGACUACAUGGUCAAUGGCAAUUUUUUUGACGUUUUUGAAGGUCUAAUCCAAAACAUUUACCUGACUGCAUCUCAUAUAAACAGAGUUGCCAAGCAUCUUGGGUACGAAAAUUACCAGCAUGAUGUAGACCAGAUGGAUACACUGAAAGAAAUGCACCAGGAAAUCAUGAGCAGGGUGCACUCAGUAAUUGUUAAUGCCCAGGAAUAUCAAAGCUACUUUAAGAAAUACAGCCACUUAUGGAUGGAUGAUAAAGCCAAAUUUAUGAAGCAGUUCCUUCUCUAUGGACGAUUUCUUCAUACUGAAGAGCUGGAAUUAUAUCCAGACCAUGAACUUCAGAAACGCUCCCCACAGUUAGAUCACUUUAAACAACAGAUCAGCAUUUAUGAAACGCUACAUAAAGAAGUCAGCGGAUUUGAAAAUCAGAAGACUUUUAAUGGCUGGUUUCGGGUUGAUAUUAAGCCUUUUAAGUUCUCACUGAUGAAUAUGAUUAAAAAAUGGAGUUGGAUGUUUAAGGAGCAUCUGCUCAACUCUGUCACCCAAAGUGUUACAGAGUUAGCCAGGUUUAUCCAUGAAACUGAACAAGGAUUAGUGAAGAAAGUGAAAGAAGGAGAUUAUGCACUUCUGGUUGAAAUAAUGGGGCAUCUCAUGGCUAUACGUGACCGUCAGUCAACAGGAGACAUUUUCAAACCUUUAAAAUCCACAGCUGAAUUGCUACAAAGUUACGGACAACAGUUACCGGAACAUAUUUAUAUAGAACUUGAGGAAUUACCUGAAAAGUGGAAGAAUCUUAAAAAGAUUGCCUUCACUGUGAAGCAUGAAGUGGCUCCUCUACAGUCCAAUGAAGUGUCUGUUAUCAGAAGAAAAUGUGUACUUUUUGAGGUUAAACAGCAAGAGUUUAGAAAUAGAUUUAAAAAUGAAGUCAUCUUUAGAUUUGAUGCUGAGGAUCCUUAUACGUGCAUGGAUAAGACUCACAAAGACAUUGCAAAGCUGGAGGCAGAAAUGAAUAAAUUACAGGAAACAGCAAACCUUUUUGAAGUGAGUGUGCCAGAAUACAAACAGCUCAAACAGUGUCGUACUGAUGCUAUCUUGGCAAAAUCUGUCUGGGACAUGGUGGUGUUUGUCCAGAUGAGUAUUAAAGAUUGGAUGAAAACCUCAUGGAAGCAAAUAAAUGUUGAACAAAUGGACGUGGAUCUCCGAAGAUUUACAAAGGAUAUGAAGACUCUGGAUAAAGAAGUACGGAUUUGGGAUCUCUAUAUAGGAUUAGAAUCAACUGUCAAGAAUUUGUUAAUCUCCUUAAGAGCUGUAAAUGAACUCCAGAAUGUUGCUGUCCGGGAAAGACACUGGGAACAACUUAUGGCUGCCACAGGGGUAUGUUUUGUCAUGAAUGAAGACACCACACUAGGGGAACUUUUUGCUCUUCAGCUCCACAGAGUAGAAGAUGAAGUUAAAAACAUUGUGGACAAAGCUGUGAAGGAACUGGCAAUAGAAAAGUUGCUUGUAGAAAUCAAUCAAACAUGGAGCGUUAUGGAUUUCUGCUAUGAAGAUCAUCACAGCACAGGCACACCACUGUUGAAAUCUGAUGAAAACCUUAUAGAGACUCUAGAAGACAAUCAGGUUCAGCUUCAAAACAUCCUUAUGAGUAAAUAUGUGGAAUAUUUCUUGGUGGAGGUGAGCAGCUGGCAGAAAAAAUUAAUGGUUGCAGAUAUGGUCAUUUCAAUGUGGCUGGAAGUACAACAAACUUGGGCUCACCUCCAGAGUAUUUUCACAAAUUCUGAGGAUAUCCGGAAUCAGCUUUCAGAAGAUGCUAAAAGAUUUGAGGGGAUUGAUCAAGAUUUUAAGGAACUUAUGGCUGUGGUGGUGAAGACAAAAAAGGUUAUAGAAGUAACAAACCAGAUGGGAUUGCUUGAUAAAUUGGAAAUUCUUCAACAAAGGCUUACACUUUGUGAGAAAUCCUUAGCUGACUAUUUAGAUGCCAAGAGACUCACUUUUCCAAGAUUCUACUUUGUCUCUGCUGUGGAUUUAUUAGAAAUCAUUUCCAAAGGAACUCACCCUAGGCAGAUUACCAGGCACUUGGUGAAGCUGUUUGACAGUGUGGCUGACCUUAAAUUUGAAGAGGACAAAAAUAAAGGAAGACAAAUGGCCAUUGGGAUGUAUAGCAGAGAAGGAGAGUUUGUCCUUUUCUCAGAGCACUGUCCCUGUGAAGGACAGGCAGAAUGUUGGUUAAGCUGUUUAGAAGAAAUCAUGCACAUAACAGUUAAGCAGAAAAUAAUGGAGGCUGUGGUAGCCUAUGAGGAUAAGCCACGAGAUCAGUGGCUGUUUGACUAUCCAGCCCAAGUGGCUUUGACCAGCAGUCAGAUUUGGUGGGCCACAGAUGUUCGGAUUGCUUUUGAAAGGCUUGAAGAAGGAUUUGAAACUGCUCUGAAAGACUAUAACCGCAAACAGAUUGCUCAACUGAAUGCCCUUAUAAACAUGCUGCUAGGGGAACUCACCCCUGGAGAUCGUCAGAAGAUCAUGACAAUAUGCACAAUUGAUGUGCAUGCAAGAGAUGUUGUAGCCAAGCUUAUAGCACAGAAGGUUUCUAAUGGACAAGCAUUUACAUGGCUAUCACAACUGCGUCACCGAUGGGAUGAAGAGCAAACUGAGUGUUUUGUCAACAUUUGUGAUGCUCACUUUCAGUAUGCUUAUGAAUAUCUUGGGAAUAGUCCCAGACUUGUAAUCACACCUCUUACUGACAGAUGCUACAUUACCUUGACACAGUCUCUUCACUUGACUAUGAGUGGUGCAUUGUCAGGACCUGCAGGAACAGGGAAAACAGAAACCACCAAGGAUUUAGGCCGGUCUCUAGGAAUGAUGGUUUAUGUCUUCAACUGUUCAGAACAAAUGGAUUAUAAGUCAAUUGGGAAUAUCUACAAAGGUCUGUGCCAAACUGGCGUGUGGGGAUGUUUUGAUGAAUUUAAUCGCAUUUCUGUGGAAGUGUUAUCUGUUGUAGCUGUUCAGGUUAAAAUGAUUCAGGAUGCUAUCCGUCACAAGAAGAAAAGGUUUAACUUUUUAGGUGAAACUAUUAAGUUGAAAGCAACAGUGGGGAUUUUCAUAACUCUUAACCCAGGUUAUGCCGGAAGAGCGGAGCUCCCAGAAAACCUUAAAGCUCUUUUUCGGCCCUGUGCGAUGGUGAUUCCAGAUCUCGAACUCAUUUGUGAAAUAAUGCUGGUGGCAGAAGGAUUUGUGGAUGCCCGGUUGCUUUCUAGAAAGUUUAUUUGCCUCUACAAACUCUGCCAUGAACUCCUUUCCAAACAGGAUCAUUAUGAUUGGGGUCUUAGAGCUAUAAAAUCUGUUCUAGUUGUGGCUGGAUCACUGAAACGAGAAGAGCAAAGCAAACCUGAAGAUCAGGUUUUGAUGAGAGCCCUCAGGGAUUUUAAUCUACCUAAGGUAGUCACUAAUGAUGUCCCUAUCUUUCUGGGCCUGAUCAAUGACUUGUUCCCAUUGCUGGAAGUUCCACGGAAAAGGGAUCUGAAGUUGGAACAGCUGGUGCGCCAGUCCAUUGCAGAACUCCAUUUGCAGCCUGAGGAAAACUUUAUACUGAAGGUUAUGCAGUUAGAAGAACUAUUGGCUGUCAGGCACUCAGUCUUUGUGGUUGGAAAUGCUGGAACAGGGAAAAGCCAGAUAUUAAAGACACUACACGUGACCUACUCCAAUAUGAUGCUGAGGCCAGUAUGGAAUGAUAUCAAUCCAAAAGCUGUCACCACAGAUGAAUUCUUUGGGUUCCUUCAUCCAUCAACAAGGGAGUGGAAAGAUGGUUUAUUUUCAUCCACUAUGAGAGAACUGGCUAGUAUUGCCCAUGAGGGUCCAAAAUGGAUUGUACUAGAUGGAGACAUUGAUCCUAUGUGGAUAGAAUCACUCAACACUGUCAUGGAUGACAAUAAGGUUCUAACCCUGGCAAGUAAUGAACGUAUUUCCCUCAUGCCUUCCAUGCGCCUGGUGUUUGAAAUCAGCCACCUUCGGGCAGCAACUCCAGCCACUGUCUCAAGAGCUGGCAUCCUCUAUGUGAAUACUCAAGACCUUGGUUGGAGCCCAUAUGUGACUAGUUGGAUUGAAACUCGCAAAGCACAAUCUGAAAGAGCAAACCUAACCAUCCUCUUUGAUAAAUAUGUGCCUUACUGCUUGGAGCAACUGCGAUGUAACUUAAAAACCAUCACUCCAGUUCCAGAGAACAGCAUGGUACAGACUUUGUGUUCAUUAUUGGAUUGUCUCCUGACCCCAGAGAACACUCCCCCAGAUUCUCCUCGUGAACUCUAUGAAAUAUAUUUUGCAUUUGCCUGUGUAUGGGCUUUUGGUGGUGCUUUAUUCCAAGAUCAGCUAAUUGAUUAUCGCAUGGAGUUUAGUAGAUGGUGGAUCAAAGAAAUGCGAACAAUAAAAUUUCCUUCCCAAGGGACAGUUUUUGAUUACUUCAUUGACCCUGAUACAAAAAAAUUUACUUUGUGGAGUGAGAAAAUUCCAGGCAUUGAAAUGGAACCAGAUGUCCCUCUCCAGACAGUCUUGAUUCAUACAUCUGAAACCAUCCGCUUGAGAUAUUUCAUGGAUUUACUUCUGGAGAAGGGUCAGCCCAUCAUGCUAGUGGGAAAUGCUGGAGUUGGAAAAACAGUACUUGUAUGUGACAGAUUUACCAAGCUCUCUGAAAAGUAUAUGGUGACCAAAGUCCCCUUCAACUACUACACAACAUCUGCUAUGCUUCAGCGUGUUCUUGAAAGAUCCUUGGAAAAGAAAGCGGGCAGGAAUUAUGCUCCUCCAGGCAUGAAAAAAUUAAUUUACUUCAUUGAUGAUCUUAAUAUGCCUGAGGUUGAUGCCUAUGGAACUGUCCAGCCUCACACUCUAAUUAGACAGCACCUAGACUACAGUCACUGGUAUGACAGACAGAAACUGAUUUUGAAAGAAAUUCACAAUUGUCAGUACGUCACGUGCAUGAAUCCCACGGCUGGAAGUUUUUCAGUAAAUCAGCGUCUUCAGAGACAUUUCUCAGUGUUUGCUGUCCACUUUCCAGGAACAGAUGCUUUAGCCACUAUCUAUGGCAAGAUAAUAAACAUGCAUUUUCAGCAAGGGGGCUUCUGUUACAGCAUAAGGAAGUCUGUUGGCACACUCAUACAAGCUGCCAUUUCUUUGCACCAGAAGAUGACCCAGAAUUUCAUGCCUACAGCUAUUCGAUUUCAUUAUAUUUUCAAUUUAAGAGAUCUGACACGCAUAUUCCAGGGAAUGCUUUUGGCAACGCCAGAAUGUGUACGGUCCCCUAUUGACUUGGUUCAUUUAUGGUUUCAUGAAUCUUCCCGAGUCUACUCAGACAAACUUAUGGAAGAAAGGGAUAUCGAACAUUUUAAGAAAGUGCUUAUCGAUACAGCAAAAAGGUACUUUGAGGGUGUUGAUGAGCACAUAUUUAUCCACAAGCCAAUAAUUUACUGCCACUUUGCCCAUGGUGUUGGAGAACCUCAUUACUUUCCAGUCUCUGAUUGGAAUAAGCUGACCAGAAUUUUAACAGAGGCUUUAGAGCACUACAACGAACUACAUGCAGCAAUGAACCUUGUUCUCUUUGAGGAUGCCAUACAGCAUGUUUGUCGUAUCAGUCGCAUUCUUGAAGUCCCAUAUGGAAAUGCCCUUUUGAUUGGAGUUGGAGGAAGUGGCAAGCAAAGUUUGUGCCGCUUAGCUGCCUUUCUCAGUUCACUGGAAGUCUUCCAGAUAACCCUCCGUAAAAGUUACGGUAUCCAUGACCUCAGGAGCGAUAUUGCUACACUUUACUUUAAAGUUGGUGUGAAGAACAUCGGUACUGUGUUUCUUCAUGCAGAUGCUCAGAUCCCUGAUGAGCGUUUUCUCGUAUUAAUUAACGACAUGCUGGCAUCAGUACGUUUAGCACAGUCUCAGUUGAAGCCUUCAGUGAGCCACUUCAUUGCUUUCGUGCACACAAGUGUUAAUGAAGUGAGCGUCAAGUAUCAGCAGAAUGAGAAGCAUUAUAACUACACCACUCCAAAGAGUUUCCUAGAACUAAUUAAACUCUACCAGAAUCUUCUGGGGAAAAAGAGAAAAGAGUUGGUUCAAAAAAUGGAAAGACUGGAAAAUGGCUUACAAAAGCUGCAGACUACAGCUUCCCAGGUAGAAGAUCUGAAGUCUAAGCUUGCCAUUCAAGAGACAGAACUUCAUCAGAGAAACAAAGACACCGAAGCUCUUAUUGACAAGAUCAGGCAACAGACAGAAAAAUUAAGUCAAGAAAAAGUCAUGGCUGAUGAGGAGGAGCAGAGGGUAGCAGCUAUUCAAGCAGAAGUAACCAAGCAGCAGCAGGAAUCUGAAAAUGACCUUGCCAAAGCUGAGCCAGCACUUAAUGCAGCAAAUGCUGCAUUGAACACACUAAACAGGCUAAAUCUGACUGAGCUAAGAACUUUCCCAAAUCCACCUUCAACUGUGACAAAUGUGACAGCUGCUGUUCUUGUCCUCUUGUCUCCAAAUGGCAAGGUUCCAAAGGACAGGAGCUGGAAAACCACAAAGAUGUACAUGAGCAAGGUGGAUGAAUUCCUUCAAAGUCUUACCAAUUUUGACAAAGAACAUAUUCCUGAAGCAACUGUUAAAGCUGUAAAAGAAGAUUACCUGAGUGAUCCAGAGUUCAAGCCAGAAUUUGUACGGACAAAAUCUUCCGCUGCUGCUGGUCUCUGUGCAUGGGUUAUUAAUAUUAUUAAAUUCCAUGAGGUGUAUUGUGAAGUGGACCUGAAACGCCAGUGUCUGGCACAGGCUAAUACAGACUUGAUCAUUGCAGCUGAAAAACUUGACUCUAUCAGAAAGAAGCUCACUGAACUAGACACAAACCUGGCUGCCUUCACUACUGCCUUUGAGAGGGCUACAGCUGAGAAAAUCCACUGCCAGGAAGAAGUGAAUAGAACUAACAAGACUAUUGAGCUGGCCAACAGAUUAGUGAAAGGUCUGGAGUCAGAAAAUGUGAGAUGGGGCCAGUCGGUUGCACAGUAUCAUGAACAAGAGAAGACGUUGUGUGGAGAUGUGCUUCUAACAGCAGCUUUUAUUUCUUAUGCUGGCCCAUUUGCAAAGUGGUAUCGGCAUGAGCUGGUUCAAAAUCUGUGGUUGCCCUUCUUGAGAAGCCAAAAGGUCCCCAUUCCAAUGACUGAAGGUCUUGAUCCGAUCUCAGUGCUGACGGAUGAUGCAACAAUUGCUAAAUGGAACAAUGAAGGCCUGCCUAGUGAUACUAUGUCCGUACAAAAUGCCACUAUUCUUACAAACUGUGAACGCUGGCCUCUGUUGAUUGACCCGCAGCACCAGGGGAUCAAAUGGAUAAAAAACAGAUAUGGCUCAGAUUUGAAAGUUAUCCAUUUGAGUCAAAAAGGAUAUAUUGAUGUCAUAGAAGAAGCAGUUAUAGCUGGAGAUCCAGUUUUAAUAGAAAACCUGGAGGAGACCAUUGAUCCUGUGCUUGACCCUCUGCUUGGGAGACACAUGCUUAAAAAGGGAAGGUAUAUUCGAGUUGGAGAUAAGGAAUGCAAAUUUCACCCCAAAUUCCAAUUUAUUCUCCAUACCAAACUUGCUAAUCCUCACUAUAAACCAGAAAUCCAGGCCCAAACCACUUUAAUCAAUUUCACUGUAACACGGGAUGGCUUAGAAGAUCAGUUGCUGGCAGAUGUGGUCAAUGUGGAAAGACCAGACCUGGAACACUUCAAGUCUGAACUCACAAAGCAGCAAAAUUAUUUUAAAAUUGAGUUGAAAAUGCUUGAAGAUGAAUUACUGACACGCCUUUCAGCGGCUGAGAGUAAUUUCCUUGGGGAUACCCUUCUGGUUGAGAGGCUGGAAACAACAAAACACAUGGCAGCAGAAAUAGAAAUUAAGGUCUUGGAAGCAAACAUCAAUGAAGUAAAGAUCAAUGAGGCUCGUGAGCAUUAUCGCCCUGUUGCAGCAAGAGCAUCACUCCUCUACUUCCUCAUGGAUGAGCUGAAAAAAAUCAAUCCGAUGUAUCAGUUCUCACUGAAGGCCUUUAAUAUUGUAUUCCACAAAGCUGUGCAGCAAGCGGAACCUUGUGAAGGUGUAAAGGAAAGGGUCAACAACCUGAUUGACUGUGUGACUUACUCUACAUUUAUUUAUAUCAGUCGUGGUCUAUUUGAGAGAGACAAGCUUACUGUCACUGCCCAAGUGGCUUUCCAGCUUCUGCUUAUGAAUAAAGAGAUUGAUGCUCGUGAACUAGAUUUCCUUCUGAGAUUUAAUAUUGACCACACUUACAAUAGCCCCUUGGAAUUCCUCUCCAACUUUACCUGGAGUGCAAUUAAGACAAUGAGCUUCAUGGAUGAAUUUCGUAGUCUGGACAAAGAUAUAGAAGGAUCACCAAAACGAUGGAAAAAAGUGGUCGUGUCAGAAUGUCCAGAAAAAGAGAAGUUUCCACAAGAAUGGAAGACAAAAAGUUCCCUCCAGAAACUGAUUAUGAUGCGAGCCUUGAGACCAGAUCGAAUGACUUAUGCUGUCAGGAACUUCGUUGAAGAGAAACUUGGAACCAAAUAUACUGAGGGACGUAAAACCGAGUUUACCAAAUUGUUUCAAGAAACUGGGCCUGCUUCACCAAUGAUAUUCAUUUUAUCUCCUGGAGUUGACCCACUAAAAGAAGUUGAAUUUUUAGGAAGCAAGCUUGGCUUUACCAUUGAUUCAGGAAAGCUUCACAAUGUAUCUUUGGGUCAAGGGCAAGAAGCCAUAGCAGAGAUGGCUAUGGAAAAGGCAUCAAAAGAAGGCCACUGGGUUAUACUUCAAAAUAUUCAUCUUGUUGCAAAGUGGCUCGACACAUUAGAGAAAUUACUGGAGAAGUAUAGUGAAGGAAGUCACCUAGCUUAUCGGGUUUUUAUGAGUGUUGAACCUGCUCCCACCCCUAAAGAACAUAUAAUUCCUCAGGGAAUCUUGGAAAAUUCUAUUAAAAUAACCAAUGAACCACCAACCGGGAUGCUGGCUAAUCUUCAUGCUGCAUUGGAUAAUUUUGACCAGAACAUUCUUGACCAAUGUACUCGGGAACAGGAAUUUAAGACGAUUCUGUUUUCACUUUGCUACUUUCAUGCCUGUGUGGCUGAGCGACGGAAAUUUGGACCUCAGGGCUGGAACAGGAGAUAUCCUUUUAACAACGGGGACCUUACCAUUUCAGUCAAUGUUCUGUACAAUUACCUGGAAGGAAAUUCACAGAUACCCUGGGAAGAUCUCCGUUACUUGUUUGGAGAAAUCAUGUACGGUGGCCAUAUUACAGACGAUUGGGAUAGGAGACUUUGUCGUACUUACUUGGAAGAGUAUAUGCAACCCAAUCAGUUUGAUAGGAAGCUGGUCCUUGCUCCUGGCUUUGUCGUUCCUUCGAACCUGGAUUACCAAGGUUACCACAAAUACAUUGAUGAAAUGCUUCCUGCCGAAAGCCCAGUCCAUUAUGGCCUUCAUCCCAAUGCAGAGAUUGAAUUCCUGACAGCAACUUCAGAUAACCUGUUUCGUACACUGCUUGAGCUGCAGUCCCAUGAAUCCAUCAUUGGGGAAGGUGUGUCACAGACAGUGGAAGAAAAAGUAAAGAUAAUAUUAGAUGACAUACAAGAAAAGCUCCCAGAAGGAUAUAACAUGGCUGACAUUACUUCAAAAACUGCAGAACGCUCUCCAUAUAUCCUGGUUUGUUUUCAAGAAUGUGAGAGAAUGAACAUACUAAUACAUGAGAUAAGGCGCUCCCUUAAAGAACUUGAUCUAGGUCUCAAGGGUGAGUUGGCAAUCUCUGCUGAGAUGGAGCAACUACAGACAGCUCUCUUUUUUGAUAAUCUUCCUGACACUUGGAUGAAACUGGCUUAUCCAUCAACAUACAGCCUCACUCAGUGGUACAACGAUCUACUGCUGCGCUGCCGGGAGCUUGAUGCCUGGGCUCAGGAUCUCACCCUCCCCAGCGUUGUCUGGAUAUCAGGCUUUUUCAACCCCCAGUCCUUCCUCACAGCUGUCAUGCAGAGCCUAGCCCAUAAAAAUGAAUGGCCUUUGGAUAAGAUGCACAUAACAAUAGAUGUUACCAAGAAAUAUAAAGAGGAGUUUACGCAACCAGCUAGAGAAGGGGCAUACAUUCACGGUCUGUAUUUGGAAGGUGCACGAUGGGAUGUUCAAGGGGGGCACUUAGCUGAAGCUUGCCUAAAAGCACCAACCCAAGCGAUGCCUGUUGUUUUUGUGAGAGCCAUCCCCAAUGACAGGCAAGAGACAAGAAAUAGCUAUGAAUGCCCUGUAUAUAAAACCAAACUAAGGGGCUCCACUUAUGUGUCAACCUUCCAUUUAAAAACAAAGGAAAGGCCAGCAAAGUGGAUUCUUGCUGGUGUUGCUUUACUUUUGAGUGUGUGACUACAGGUUAAUCUUUUUAGCUUUAUGCACUUGCUCCCUUGCCUUGAGUGUUUGUUUUUUGUUUGUUUUUUUUAAAAGAUUAAACAUAGAUGUAUGAACAUAGACUGUAUCCAUAAACCUCUAACUAUAUGCUUUACCCUGUCCCAGUAGUCCCAGUGACAUUUUCAGAAAGAUAAAGAUUACUCACAUGGAAAAGACUUAACUGUUUCCAGUUUUAUUUUAAUGGGCUUAAGUGUGAAGCAAUCAGGUAAGCAGUAAAGCUGUUAAAAGCACUGGAAAAGGUAAUCAAUAAAAAAACUGGAAGAUCAAAGUAUAUCAACAAUGGUUAAGUCUCAAUCACUCUAAUAACAGCCUUCUUUGCAGAGGAAAAAAGGCUUAAUUGGCCAGUAAAUGCUACUAGCGUGGAAACGGAGAUGUAUCCAAAGGCUUCCUUCUUGAGGGAACACAGGAACGCAGAAACGCAAAA